AUGAUGGGACAUAUCGCUUUCUACCCAACCCUUGCCUAUAAUUUGGCCAGGAACUUGAUCCAACCACAAAGCUGGAAGUGGUACAAUAGGGUGGAUGAGAGUCUGAUUUUGGGUGCAUUACCUUUUAGAUCGAUGGUGGAGGAGUUGAAGGUAGGUUGUUGUUAGGUUACUAAGCCAUAUCGAAUUUUGAGGAUGUUCAAUUAAUUCAGCUCCCUUUGAUACAACAUUUUAUAUAAUUUGGUAGUCAUUAGUUCGUGUUACUUUGUUUUUAAUGCCUUUUAUCAUAUCAUUUCUCUAUUUUUAAACGUUUUUUUGGAGAGAUUGUACAUAUUGGGAUAUGUAUAUGUGUGUUACAUAAUCUAACUUCAAUGUUUGUUGAAAAAUUUAAUAAGGUAUCGUAUAUUUAUUUGUUUUCAGCAAGAAAAGGUAGCUGGAAUAGUAUGUUGUACUGAAGAAUUCGAAACAAAAGCAGCUUAUAAUGGGAUGGGAAAGGAGGAGUGGACAGAACAUGGCAUCCAAUUUCACCAUGUUCCUAUGCUCGACUUUGUGGGUGAGUGCCUAAUAGGAUACUGUAUGUUGUAGAGUACUAUUUAUAAAUUUUAAUUGGCUUUUUGGUGUUUCAACUAUUAGCCUGUUCACAUAAUUGUGUGGCCAUCUCAAAGCAAAUUUUCGGGAUUUUAGGCACAACAUCAACAGAAUCUCUCCACUCAGCCGUCACCUUCAUCGACCACGUAGCCAGCCAAGGUAACUCGGUAUAUGUGCACUGUAAAGCGGGUCGAACGAGAAGUGCUACAGUAGCCAUGUGCUACUUGAUGUUCAAAAAGAAUCUGCAACCUCAGGAGGCGUUCCAACAACUUCAAGCUCGUCGACCUCAGGUCAUCCUGCGAUCGUCACAUUGGAGAAGCGUAGCAGACUACCGGUCGUUCUUGGAUAAUCAGAAUAACUGA